AUGUCACCGAACGAGAUCCGCGGCCGACUGGCCCUGAUAACGGGUGCAUCAGGAGGGAUCGGUGCAGCAUGCGCCCACCAGCUCGCACAACAAGGCGUCCAUCUCGCCCUUACCUACUCAACCAAUGUCAAGUUCAUCGACGAGCUCGUCUCAGACCUAAACUCGCGAUAUGCCAAGAAUCUCCAUAUUUCCACCCACCAGGUCGAUGUCGGCUCUCCCGAUCAAAUCAAUGCCAUGUUUCGUGAAAUCGACUCCCAGCACGGCCACCGGCCAGAUAUUCUAAUAUCGAAUGCCGGAUACGGCAAACGGGUGCCUGAUGUGUGGGACAUCACGCUGGAGGAGUUCGAUUACAUGUUGAACAUCAAUCUCCGCGCGUCAUUUGUCCUGGUUAAAGGUGUGGUAGAGCAUAUGAAAGCUCAGCGGUGGGGGCGCAUCGUGUUCAUGUCAUCGAUCGCCGCAUCGGGAGGAGGGAUUAAUGGAUGCCAUUAUGCUGCUUCCAAGGGUGGACUUACUGGGAUGAUGAAAAACCUCUCUACGCGUCUGGCCGAGUACAAUAUUAGUGUCAACGAUGUUGCGCCUGCGAUGAUUGGCGAUACUGGCAUGGUGCCAUCUGCUACGGCCGUUUCUGGGAUCGCAUCGAACAUCCCGCUGGGUCGACUGGGGACGCCAGAAGAGACGGCAAAUGUGGUGACGAUGUUGGUGAAGACAGGAUACAUGACAGGACAGAGCCUACUAUUAUCUGGAGGGUUGAAAUAA